GGGGUGGGGCUUCUGAAUGUUGGAUUUCCGAGUGCCGAUUAACCCUCCUCACCUAGGCUUGCUAAAGACCCCUGCCUGAUGUCUUGGGCGCCGGCCACGCUUUUGGAGCACGGCCCUGAACCUCCUCUUGCUUUUUCUCUCGCCAGCGAGGGAGACUCGGACCCCGAUUCCGAGUUGGAGGACCGCGUGGACGGAGUGAAGUCGUGGCUUUCCAAGAACAAAGGCUCUUCCAAGUCGGUCUCGGAGGACGGCAGUUUGAAGAGCAGCAGGCCCACCCUGGAUUCGGCUGGCAAGGAGGCGAAGGAAGGGGAGGAGAGGCCGGCCUCUGUCCUGAGCUCCCUGAGCUACCGGAAGCGCGCCAACCUCAAGGACUCCAUUGGAGGGAAGGGGGACGAGGAGAGCCUCUUCUCCACCCUGAGCGAGCGCCCGGCCUCUCCGGACCGCUCCUUCCGCAAGGCCAGCCGCAACUCGGUGGCCGGUGGCUUGGAUGAGGGCGGCUCCCUCGCGUCCUGGAAGAAGCCCCUCGGAGGAGGCAUGGAGGAGCUCAACGAGAGGGGCUCGGUCCUCUCCCAGACCUUCUCGGAGGCCAGCAGACGCCUCCCCAAGGGACAGGAGAAGCGCUGGUCUGUCUCAGCUGCCGAAUUGGAUCGGGCAUCAGUCCUCUCUGGCCCGGUCAGUCAGAGCGGGGCCUCCUGGGGUAGCCUGGACGCCCGGGAGGAUGACACCCGGUCGUCUCUCAGCCUUGCGCUCUCGAGCCCUGGAAGCUUGCGGCGGAGUGCUUCUCGCUUGGAUGACCUCAGCCCGUCCCACAGCCGCCCAGGCUCACGUGUCUCCUUGAGCCGCUCCCGGCUGGACGACGCGGCCAGCGUGGCCCUGAGCGACUCUCGCUCCCUCUGCAGCCAACACUCCCUCUCCCGCAGCCUCUCCGUGCCACCUCGACCCCGGACGUCCACCUCAGAGGACCUGCAGGCAGAUGAAGCUGACAUCCGGCCGGUCGGCCAUCGCAGUUACUUGGACCCGGAUCUGGAGGCGGCUAUCAGUGAGGUGUUAAACUACAAGCCCAUCAAGUUCAGGUGCUCCAGCCGGGACCCUGACUCGGAGGAGGAGGACCGCAGGAGCGUCCACAGCGCCAAGAGCGUUGCCCUCCUGGAGACCGUCGAGCACCCGGCUAGCAGCCUACGCCGGUCAGCCUCGGCCUUGGAUUUCUACAGGCCUCAUCAGAAAACGAAGGGUAGGAGAAGCCGGAAGAGGAGCAAUAGUUCCUCCAGUGACUCCUCCUCUUCUUCCUCCUCUUCCUCCUCUUCCGAGCGGCAGAGGAAGAGCUCCAAAAGGCAUGCCAAGAAGUCCAAGAAGAAGUCCAAGAAGAAGAAGCAGCAGCGGUCCCGCUCCGGGUCUUCUUCAGAGUCAUCUUCCAGCUCCACCGUCUCCUAUCGUAGCAACUCCAGCAUCAAGAAGGGCCCGAAGUGGUCUGACGGGGAGGGUGGCAGCGUCCCCAGAGAGGGGGGCCACGAGGCUAGGAAGUCCAGCAAGCAGCUGAAGAAGGAGGAGAAGCAGCACAAAAAGCAAGUGGACAGCCUGAUGAUGAAGUAUCUGUACCGGCCAGAGAGCGACUAAGGCAGGUGGCCGCAUGGAGUGUGCCGAGUGUCAGCACGGUGUUCCUGACUAAUCUCUAACCCGGGCAGAGGGGGGCUGGGAAGGGUGGGCGGGGGGCUUCCGGCUGGGUGGACAGCUGUUCCAAUAGCCAGACCGGAAGGAUGCCCAAGCGGUUUUCUGCAUGGUGGCCAAAUACGGAAGCUUGGGAUUCUUGUAUUUUGUGGACUGACCUCAAGCAUGGAUGCGUGUCUCCAGGAACUAACCCUGUCCUUGUGGGUUGUUGAUUAGCCCUCCCAUGCCAGUCUCUGUGCUGUUUGAGCUAGGAUGGUCGCAACCGUUUCGUGCAGCAGAGAAGGUCCCCGUUGAUCAAGGUCCUCUUUUUUUGUGGUGGAGGUGAGCUGCUGAUGCUUAAGAAGGGUCUUGCUCAGCUUGUGGCAACGGUCCCCUUGCAGCCUACAAGGAAGGGCGACAGCUUCCAAAACUUGUGGUGGGAGCAGAAGAUGCCCUGGCGCUCACUUCCUUUCCCCCUGCUGGCAUCUUCCUGAGAAGAGCCUGGCUGUCUCUGGCCAUGGUCCUCUGCGGUCUGAGGAUUAGGUCCAGAAGAAAACAGGGUCCCGAGGAGCUGCUGUCCACUCGGAAGCCUUCAAGAAUUGGCUGCCUUUAUUCCUUAGACAGUUGACGGGCCUACACCACUCCUCUCCCCACAGCGCACUCCCACUUGUAUCUGAGAGACGAGGGGCUGUGAGUCAGAAAAGUUUUCAGUUUUUUUUAAAAAGGGGGUGGGGUGGGGAGGUGCUUCGUUUCAACAUGCUGCUCUUGGCUUCUCUGCUGUUCUUUGGAUGUGAGUCAUCGCUUCUGGAAAGCCCUCCGUGGCCCAGGAAGAAAGUGGCUGGUUGGCUGGGCUGGCAAAGACCGCUAAGCAGAUACUCGCAUUGCCUCCCCGUAUCUAGGUUGAAAUACAACCGGAGAGGCUGUUCCGGAGGGGAGUGGCCCAGUCUUGUCCGAGCAGGCUUCCAGGUCAAGGGAGAAGGCUCAGGUCAUGAGAGCUCCGCUCAAGCCUUCCAGGUCAAGGGAGAAGCCUCAAAAAGAAGGCCAGGCUUGCCUGGUCUGCGAGCUGCCAAACCAGAUGCUGUCUGGAUCAUGAGCUGCCCGUGGUCAAGGACUUCCUCACGUGGCACGAAGAAGACAGCCUCUUGAAGGCUUUCGCUCUGCAGGAGUGGCCUUGAGACACCCGCCAGGGAGAGGAGCCGCUCUUCUCCUCAGGAGGCCGGACUCUUCUCUUUUCACCACCUGCCACUUCUCCAUCCACCCCCGUUUUUUACCUGUGCCAGGCAAACGCCAGCGGGCCUCCGUGAGGCUGGAGGGAGGGAAGAGAAGCCUCAAAGCCUUGCCAGAACCAAGCACUCCAUGUUUGGCAGCUGUUCCCUCCUGCAGUGGGAGCCUUUGUUUGCCCACCUCAGAGAUGUGACAAGGGAGAGGGGAGGGAUGGGGGGCUCUGCAGCAAGUGUUAGAAGAGGGGAAGCUGCAGCGGCGAAGGCAAGUCCGUGUGUGUGUGCAUGCGUGUGUUGGUGUGAUCCCCCUCCGCACGCCCACCAAAAUUAUUUGUGUACUAAAUUGUUUCCGACAGCUUUGAAUGGAAGAACUAUCUGGAAAGGCAAGAAUGUGUGUGUGCGCCGUGUGUGCCCGUGCGGGUUCUUUUCCCCCCUUUUGAAAGCAAUUUCUUUUUUAAAAUGUUCAAUUGCCGGUGCAGCCUCCUGCAGCUGGGAGAAUGUUGUGCUUCAGAUUUCUUAAUGCACUUAACGCUCCAGCUGACAUAACAGAAACGGAGCUGGGAGGAGUGGAAUUGGGUUUGGACAAGUGGAGAGCGGGAGGAAGGAGGAAGAGAGGGGGGCUUUCUCGAAGCCAGGGCAUGCUGGGCUGCAGAAAUACAGAGCGAGAAGGGAAAGGUUGUGGCGUGUGCGUACCCCACUCUGCCCACCUCUCUCCUGUGCAAGCCCCCCUCCAUUACGGCCCCUUCAGCAAGCUGCCCACGGUCCUGCCGGUUAAGUGUCGAAGAACAUCAGAAGAAGCAUGUUGGGUUAGCCCCCCGGCCCCGCUUAGCCUGGCAUUCCGUUCCUGGAGUAGCCAACCGGACACCAUCUGUGAGAGGCCCCGCGUGGGACAGGGGUGCUCCCUGGCAACUAGACUCACUCCAGACUGCCUCUGCCGUCACAGAGACCGAGUAUCCCCCAGCAGCUCAUCUCCUGCCAAGCUGGCCGCCCUCACAACAUCUUUGUGGCGUAGCCACUCCGCAGAUCGGUUCUGCACUCCGUAAAACCCUCCUUUCAUCCUAAGCGUCUCGCCAUCCAGCUUCUCUGAAGACGUUUCUCCUGGGUGCAAGAAAAAAUGUGCAAGAGAACAUGGCACACGCAUCUCCUUUCUUCGGCUGCACCUUUUUGUGUACAGGGGUUUCACAAACGUCCUUCACGGAGCACACAUUGUGGGAAGAGCAUACUUUUAACCCAGUGGUCAUUGUAGGAAACAAGGCGUUGAAAGCCGAUUCUCGCAAUGGACCUGGGGUGUUUGUUUGCUGGAGCUGGGCUGGAAAGCUUAGACACCAUGGUCAAAACCCUACCUGCUGCCAACAGGGAUGUGUAUUUAUUCCAGGCUGGGCUGGGCUGGGCUGGGCUGGGCUGG